UGUUAAGCGGAUAUAGUAAAAGACGUAUCUAAAAGGGAAACUAGAGCCUUAUUGAGAAAACCCGCCAACAAAUCCUAUCUUCCCUCCUAACUUCCUGACUCUAGCCCUUGUUCUUCUAACCGCGGGUUUGAACGGGCUCACGUUUUACAGAUUAGAAUUUUGUAUUUGCCUCGGCAGUACAUAUAUUAAAAUUGGAACAAUACAGAGUUUAGAAUAGAGACACGAUGACUCUUAAUCAUAUGUAUAAGUAUUACAUAUAUGCUUUUAAUUUAGAUAUCUCGCAAAAGAUAUGUCAGAAUGAAAAAUUCUAUGUGCUGAAUAGUACUGUUUUAGUGAAUUAAGAGCACAUAUGUAAUAUUUAUAUAUAUGAUUAAGAAUCAUCGUGUUUCUAACCUAUCCUAUCCUAAUCUGAAAUAAUGAUUAACGACAAUCAUUUCUUUGUCAUUAUCGUUUUUCGUAUAUUACACAAAUAUGACUGCGUUUCGACAUUCGUUACUAGUCUUGACAAAAAAUAUAUACGUGACAUAAAUUAUGAAUUUCCAAUACUGAAAAUGAAUAUCGAAACACAGCUUAUAUUAUCUAACUGCUUUACAAUAUAAUAAUGGUAAGAUAAGUGAAAUAAAUAUAAUAAGAAUGAAUAUUUUUUUUGCAAGAAGCAUUGGAAGGUCAAAACUAAUAAGAAGUGAACCAAUAUUUUAUUAAAAUGGAAAUGAUAGAAGGAAAACAAAAUGGAAGUCAAUUGUUUGUUUAUAAGAAUUACUCUUAUUGUAUGGACAAGCGAUAUGAUCACAUAUUUCGGUGCUCAAAACGAAAAACUGAAAAAUGUUCUGGAGUAUUGAAGAAAGAAGGGGAAUCUUUUACUUUGGAAAUACCACACAAUCAUUCAGAAGAGCUAUAUAUUUUAGAAAUUAAUAAUAUGAAGAAAGAAAUGAUUCAAUUAUCCAAACAAACAACAAAAUCUUUUAAAGAUAUAUUUGACACAGUUUGCCGCAAGAAUUUAUUAGCUGCUUCAUAUAUAUCAUAUAAUAAUAUAAAAUCCAUUUUAAGUCGUGAAAGAAUCAAAUCGCGUCCAAAGAUUCCAAAUAAUUUAUAUUCUUUACAUCAACAAUUAGAAAUAUAUGAACCUAUACAUAGAAUCUAUAAAGGUUGUGCAAUAUCGAAUGAUAAUAAAGUAGCUCUUAUCUUCAGUAGUGAUACAUUAUUAAAGUUGUUAUCUGAAGCGCGUGAAGUUUUUGUGGAUGGAACAUUUUCCAUUGUGCCCAAAAAACCAAACAUUACUCAAUUAUACAGUAUACAUGUUCGCUAUGCUGAUACGGAUAUAGCAGUAGUUUUCGUACUAUGUGAAGGACGUUCCAUCCCUUUGUAUAAGGGAAUGUGGGAAAAAAUAAUUUCACUUGCACCGGGUCUAAAAGAAAAUCUAAAAUUUAUUAUGGCGGAUUAUGAAAAGGCAGCUUUAAUAAUAAUGAGUCAACAAUUUCCAGCUGCUUCUAUCCAUGGUUGCUGGUUUUAUUAUUGCCAGGCAUUAUAUAGAAAAUGGCGACGUCUGCAGUUAAAUAAUGUAUCGCGUGAAUUUUUGUCUAUGGCAAUGUCUAUGGCAUUAGCACCUAGUGAUUUAUUUGUGGAUUCAUUAAAUAUUAUGCAAAAUAUUGCAGAUCGUAUUUCUGCUAAUUAUCCAAAUGUAUUAUUAUUUAUGGCUUAUCUACGCAAUACAUGGCUACCUAUAGCACCUAAAGUAUCUGUACAUAAUUGUCCAGCUCGUACAAAUAAUUUAGUGGAAAGUUUCCAUCAUAUUACCAACCAAAAAAUUGGUACAAUUAAUCCAAAUUUAUGGGUAUUUUUAGAACAUUUGUCGGAAAUUGUAACAAAUCAAGAAAUUGAUUAUGCUCGCUUGCAAAAUAAUAUACGUGUUAGGCGACCACGUACACGAUUCAAUAAAGAAAGAAAUAAUAAAAUUAAAGAUAGACAAUAUGCUCUUAUAAAUGGUGAUAUUACGUUGGAACAUUUUUUACAUAUGUUUUCACACUUUAAUCCCUAUGAACAGCAAGAAUUGCCGCUUGAGGUCAAUGAUCAUGAAGAAGUAGAUGCAAGUUUACUUUCAGAUAGAAAUCCAGAAUCAGCAGAAACUGGAUAUACGCAAAAUUUUAAUCGAAGACGACGUCGUUUUCGCAAUACUUCUGUUAAUUCAUCAAGGCAACAGGAAAAUUUUCUAUCUAAAUCUUCAGAUUUAAUAGACGAGCAGCAUUUUGAAAAUGUGGCAGAACAAAACAAUGAUCUAAUAGACGAGCAGCAUUUUGAAAAUGCAGAACGAAACAAUGAUCUAAUAAACGAGCAGCAUUUUGAAAAUGUGGCAGAACAAAACAGCAAUCCAAUAGAGUAUUUUGAAAACGUGACAGAACAAAACAAUGAAUAUAUAAUAAGCGAUGACGAAGAUUAUAGAAUACCGGAGGAUGAUUUUUGUUUUUUGAACGAAAGCAUCACCUCGGAAACGUUUCAUGAAGUGGGGAAUAUGGAAAAACUUAUUGAUGAGAAUAGAGAAAUACGACCAGUAGAUACUUGUAUUGUAUGCUUAACGGAAAAAGCAUCAUAUGUAUUUGUUCCGUGUGGACAUCUAUGUGUGUGUGAGAGCUGCAGCACAAAAUUGCAGCACAAAAGAUGCCCAUUGUACAACACAGAGUACGACAACUGUAUAAAAAUAAUUACGUCGUAAAAAAGGAAAUAUUGGCAUGUCGUCAACUUCAUCUCCCACAAAGAAAACGGCACUUCGACGCAGUACCUAUAAAAAUAAGUCUCAGUAGUAUUUGUUCAUUUUUUUACAUAUUUAAUUUUAUUAUAUCGUUAUGCGAUACAUCUUAUUCUCAGGUUAAUAUCGUUGGUACUUACGAUUAACUGUAAAGCUAUGCCACUACUCGCGACCUGACGUUAGUUAAUGUAAAAAAGCUUUAUUUCGGUUUUAAUUUACUUUCCAUCUUUUUUGAAAUCUAGAAGUUAGCCAAAUACAAAUAAACAUGUUAUAUUCUUGUUAUUGGUGAUAUAUCUAUCAACAUAAUGAAAAAGCUAAUUUACAUUGACUAAUGUCGGAUCGCAAGUAGUGACAUAGCUUUAUAUCCAAAUGUUAACAGUAACAUCAGCCAGAGAGCAAGGUGUAGUUGAGACAAUAUGUAAACCUUAAUAUAAGUUACAUGAUAACAAUAUAUGUUACAUGAUUUUGUAUUGAAAGUAAUAGCGAAUUCGGUUGCUUGCACUAGUGCACACUAAGGCUUGUUUACAUACUUUACAUCAGCAUUCUUAUAUUUAAGAAUACAUGUUCAAAAACUAUUUAACCAAAAAAAUAAUUCUAUGAAUGUUGUACAGAUUAUUUUAUUGAUUACGAAGUAUUUUAAGAAGAAUUUAAGAUGAUUCUUAAAUAUAAAAAUUGAUUAUAAACAAGCCUUAAUAUACACUCAGUGCGCACUAGUGCAAGCAACCGAAUUCGCUAUAAGUUACAUUGAUUAUGAUACAUCGCAUGUAAACUCCAUUAACUUAUUUGUUACGUGAUUGUUUUUUUCUAAUUUUGUACUACAGCGCAUACACGGACGCACGCACGCAUACGGACGCGCGUCCGUGUGGGACAAAUGUAUAGUAUUUCUCAUUUAAGCAUAUAAUGCAAUUGACUAUUGAUCGUGGUUCUCUAUUCUCAUCGAUAAGUUUUUUCAUUUCACGUAUUCUUCACGUAACAAAUAAGUUAUGGGUUUUAUACACGUAUUCGUGUUUUAUUCAAUAUUACGACUUACUACCCAGCAAGCACAGAACAUUGCGGCAAUGUUGUAAUAUUGCUCUGAUAUUGAUACAAUGUUAUAACAAUGCCACAACGUUGCUGCUAUGUUCUGUGUUUGCUGGGUACCGAGUAAUACACCUUACUCCCAGGCUAACAUUGUUACAAGUAGUGACAUAGUUUUAUAUCUGAAUCUUAUUAGUAACAUUAGACUGAGAGCAAGGUGUAGUUGAGACAAUAUGUAAGCUUUUGUUACAUGAUUUUAUAUUAAAUCUAAGUUACACGUAAUUUUAUAUAUUAAAUCUAAGUUACAUUGAUUGUAAUAAUUUGCAUGUAAAACUUUUAACUUAUUUGUUACGUGAAUGUUUUUUCUAACUCUGUACUAUACGCACGCACGCACGCAUACAUGCACACGCGCAAAAUACACACACGCAUAUCCGCAUACACACACACGUACACCCGCGCGUGCGUCUGUGUGGGACAAAUGUAUUUCUCAUUUAUGAUAUUUCUCAUUUAAGCAUAUAAUGCAAUUGACCAUUGGUCGUUGUUCUCUAUUCUCGUCAAUAAGUUUUUUCAUUUUACGUAUUCUUCACGUAACAAAUAAGUUAUGGGUUUUAUACACAUAUAUUCGUGUUUUGUUCAAAAUUGUGACUUACUACCGAGUGAUACACCUUACUCUCAGGUUAUCAUCGUUGCUACUUAGAUCAAUUUACUUUCUUUUCAGUUUUAGAUGUUAGGAAAUGAUAGAAAAUACGUCACAUUCAUGUUCGUAUAUGUAUCAACAUAAGUUGGUUAAAAAGCUAAUUUACAUUGACUGACGUCGGAUCGCAAAUAGUGACAUAUAUUUAUAUCCAAAUGUAAGUAGCAACAUCAGCCUGAGAGCAAAGUGUAGUUGAGACAAUAUGUAAUUUCUAUAUAUCCUAGAUAGCACAGAGAGUUCAAAAAGAACUCAAUUGUAUGUCACCAAUUAUAAAUUCUUUUUAAGAAGCAAAAAGAAUUCUUUUUUUACAAAAAUUCUUUUUGCAUUUUAAAAAGAAUUCAAUAUUGGUGACAUACAAUUGAGUUCUUUUUGAACUCUCUGUGCUAUCUGGGAUGCUACAUGAUUUUGUAUUAAAAGUUAAGGUACAUUGAUUGUGAUACUUUGCAAUAUAAUAAUAUAUUUUAAUAAAUUUCUAGUAAUUUCCUUCAAACAAAAAUGUGUGCUUGAACAUCUUGUUAAUAAUAUCUCAAAUAUAAUGUAGUCAAUCGAAUUAAAAUUUUAACUGUAA